UUAAAAAUAGGCGACUAUUGGAGAACUGGUACUUGAACAAUUGGGAUUAACUCCGCUGUUACUAUAAAUCGAAAAUCGAUGGAAAUUAAAAUCAAAAAUCCACCGGUAUACAUCAUUUUUGCAUAAAGAAAUGAGUUUGACGAACGAUAAAAAACAUUACAUUUCGUUAGAGCUUGCAACACGUGAGAAUUUAAAACCCUUUGCGCAGAUUAUUGACGAUGAUUUUGAAAACUAUGGUGAUACUGGGUUGCCUAUACCGUUUUAUAGUACUGUUUUGGAAGGCAAAAAUUUCGAAAACGUAACUUGGAAAGAUCAAGCGUGUGUGCGUCGAGCACAAAUUAAGUGGAGAAACGACACAUCAGUGAAGUGGUUAGAACGACACUUAGAAAUGACGCAAGCAUUUAUAAUUAUUGGAAAAAACCCUGGUUUAUUUGUGCUGGGUGCUCCAACACACAAUAGAAAAAAUAUGGACGAAAAGCAACGUGCUUUACCAGAUUGGGCAAAUAUUAAAGCUUUUAUUGUACCGGCUGGUGUAGGACUGAUUCUUCAUAAAGGGACAUGGCAUGAUUUUCCAGUAUCGUGUGGCCCACCUGUUACUUCAUUUAUAAUUAAUACAGAAGAGGUGGUGCAUGCACUUGCUAAUAUGAAAGAGCCGCAACCAAUGAAUCACGGAGAUUGUUUUAAACUGCGUUUAUCUGAUCACUAUGACUGCACCAUUCAUUUUCCUGAUCCUAGAUCAUUUGUUAAUGACCUCGGGCUUGUUUCUCUUCCUACCGAACAAAAACUUAUGGGUGAGAAUGGCUACGGAUUGGGUAUGCACAGAAAGGAAAUUCAAAGAGGUUGGGGUGGAGCAAAAGUUUAUGUUAUUCCCGUAAUUAACGUUGAGGUAUUUACACCUGGGUGUGGAGGACCAAGCAUUCAACCGCAUUUGAAAUCUAUUCCAGAAAUAGCAAACUCUGGGUGGCGAGAUUACGGAAACCGAAAUGGACUAAAACGUUUAUUAACUAUGUUCAAAUCACUAAACAUUUCAGCUACUGCUGUGAUAAAUAGUGAAGCUGUUCAAGACCCUAAAGUCAGAGAUAUUUUAAAAAUCUCAGGUUGUGAGCUAGGAGCCCAUGGAAUAAACAAUUCUCAAGGAAAUGCUAAAAUGAAUCGUUCCGAAGAACUUUCUGUUUUUAAAAAUUGUUUAGAUCAAUUAACAUCGGCAUUUGAUGAGAGACCUAUAACAUGGUUAACUCCAGGAUUCUCUGUAACAAAGCGCACACCUGAAAUUGCAGCUCUUUCUGGAAUCAAAGUAUUACUUGAUUUUGUUGAUGACGACACUCCUUAUAUUCUUCAACAUUCUGAAUAUGAUAAAUGCAAGAUGUUGUGUUUACCAUACUGCUUAGAAACUAACGAUUUUUCUUUGGUAUUGACAAAAAAUUACGAUUCGCAACAAUAUGCGCAAACAAUUGAAGAUCAUAUUAGACAGUUGGUGAAAGAAACUGACACUGGAGAAAAGGUUGUUUGUCUCGGUAUGCACACGUUUGUAGCCGGAACACCUGCAAGAGUAUAUGCCCUAGAAAAAAUGUUUAAACAGUUGUUACUUUGUGAAGAUUUGUGUUUCGCUACUGCCUCUCAGGUAUAUGAAUUAAUAAAAAAUCAAAUUACCUCAAGUUAAUAAAAAAACGACUAGUUUAAACUUAAUAUAUUUGGAAAUUAGCAUAAUAAAAACUUAACGUGAUCCGAAUAUGAAAAUGAUAAAGAACUGAUACAAACUUGAUAUACAUGAUAUAAACUUAUAAUAAUAUGUAAUAAUGAUGCUAAUUUAUCACGAGUACAAAAUAAAACAGAGUUUGCACUUCAUAAAAAGAUAAUAGUGGUCAGAGGUGAUUAUAGGAAUAAAAUGAGAGAGAGGAGGAGGGCGGAGGAGGCUAAUCUUUAAAAAGUACCAACUGCUUUUAAAAAAAGAUUAGAUGUCUUCAAAACUAAAAAUCACCCGAAUCAAAUGUUUCAAAUACCCAAUUAUAUUCUAACUAUAACUUGAAAAUUGUUUAUUAUUUGGGUAUGUGUGUGUGGGGUGGGGAAGCGGUGUUAUACUCCUCCCCCUCACACACACUAGUAGAAUCGUUUCUCUUAGUGAUACCAAAAUAAUGUAAAUAUUUCAUACUUUUUUGUUGAAAAAAUAAUAUUUAUAUA